AAGUGGCUUAUAACCAUGAUGCCCGUCUUGGCGACGAUUCUGAUUAGUGUAACCUAACUAGUGUCUAUUUUCCGGAGACUUCAAGAUAUAAUCUUCGGACUCGGAUGUCCACAUAGGUGCCUCUUCGAAUUCCUCAGUAUAAAUUCGGCCAAGGUAUUGCGCACCAUCAUUACUUUCUAAUCCCACCCAAUCCUUCUCUCACCCUCCUUUGUAUGAGCUCGUCAAUGAAGGCCAGAUUCCAAACUCUAUUGCUUAGAAUUAACACCAAGAUAACCGACGUUUACCAUGUUGAAGCUGAUUCUUCAUCGACAUGUACCAUCACACCUACGCUGGCGCAUUACACACCUCCUUCAGACACGGAUUCCGAGCCUCUUGAAGACCCUCGACCGUCGUCCCCCAAUCCAUCUAGGCUGACAUUCCUCGCAAUCUGGGAUCCCGAGUCUCAGAAAUACACUCUCCCAUUUAUUCCUCGAGAGACGCCAGGAGGGAACGGAAACGAAGGGAUUCCCCUAGGACAUCCCGAAAGUGAACUAAACCUGCAUUCCCGUUUUUCUACUACUACCACCUCAACAUCGAAUUAUGUCGAAGUAUCAGAGCCUCAGACGCCGCAUGCAUUUUUGAAUGUUAACGACAAUCCGUCUGCUCCACGACGCCCUGAGAUAUCACGCUCUUGUCUUCUAUUUCCAUCCCAUCCACGAGAAGAGCGUUCCAGUGUCUGCCUCGCGUCUACCUUCACCCAUAGAUUAAACACAUCGUGCACCAACCUCCUGCUACGUUCAUGUUUCCCAGGAUAUAGCCGGAAGGCUUCUUCCGCGUCAUCUCCGCCUUCGUGCCCAUCCUCGCCAUCUCUUUCACCUCUGGGGUUUCUCAAGUGCAAGGCAACUCAGUCUCGGGAGGAUGAGGACGCUUGGGUGAAUAUAGAUGUCGAGUGCGUCAUUCGCGAACGCGUUAUUCACAUAUGAUUCGUGAUUCAGUGCUGUAUCGAGAUAGCCUUGAGGAGUAUA